CGGCGACUGGCUCCAUCACAGCGCAGAGUAUGGAGUAGAAAUUCUCCUGGACCUGAUUUUCUUCAGGAAUUUUUCCAGUCGAAAUCUCUUAUAUGAUGGAAGAUUGAUCCCUAAGCGACUCGCGGAAUUCAACGUUGUUAUUUGAUUCAUCCCCUAUAACGAUGGCUUUACCCUUGGAAAUUCCCGGCCCUGGUGGUACUACUUGCACUCCAAUAUGCUCCAAGCAACCGGCGGAAAAGGGCCUCGGGAUGUCAAAUCAUGAUAGUGCCUGGCGUCAGAUUGUGCUUAAUUUUACUCCAGCCUGGUUUUCAACGAACAUGGGGACGGGGAUCGUCUCGAUUCUCCUCAAUACCCUGCCAUACAACGCGAGGUGGCUCUAUUGGAUAUCUGUGGUGAUAUUUGCCUUCAACGUCCUCCUAUUCGCCAUCUUCCUUGCUUUGACUAUCACGCGCUACGUCCUGUAUCCGCAUGUCUUCCACAUCAUGGUCACUCAUCCGGCCCAGUCGCUGUUUCUGGGAACUUUGCCAAUGGGGUUUGCGACCAUCAUAAACAUGUUUUGCUUUGUCUGCGUGCCUGCAUGGGGGGAAUGGGCUAGGUAUUUCGCAUGGGCAAUGUGGAUUGUGGACGCUGUCGUGUCUGUUCUAACUUGCUUCGGGAUACCAUUUGUGAUGAUGACCAGGAAAACAGAGAUCAGCUUGUCGUCAAUGGCCGCGGGAUGGCUGCUCCCAAUUGUCGCAUGUGUUGUCGCCGCUGCGUCGGGAGCUAUCGUGGCCGAGGUGCUACCAGAUCCACAAUAUGCCCUGGGGACUCUAAUAGCUAGCUAUGUUCUCUGGGGGGUCGGGGUCCCUCUUGCCCUCAUGGUGAUUACCAUCUAUCUGAUGCGGUUAUUCCUAUACAAGCUACCGCCCAAGGCUGUGAUUGUGAGCACCUUUCUGCCUCUUGGGCCUCUCGGGCAAGGCGGAUACGGGAUCCAGAAGCUCGGAAGCGUGGCGCAGACAAUCUUCCCCCAGACGAGUACGCUGUCAGCUGGGGCGGGGGAGAUCUUUUAUGAUUUAGGGUUUCUUGUCGGCUUGAUUCUCUGGUCAUUUGGCCUUCUAUGGCUAUUCUUCGCCAUCGGAUCAAUUAUACGAUGCAAGAAAUUUCCUUUCAACCUCAGCUGGUGGGCGUUUACCUUCCCGCUGGGUGUUUUUACUACCUGUACUUGCCAACUGGCACGCGACAUGCCCUCUAGAUUCUUUAGAGUCCUGGGAACGAUACUCUCCCUGUGUGUUGUCGUGUUCUGGAUCGUGGUUUCGGCAUUGACAGCCAAAGGCAUAUUUAACCGAAGCCUGUUUGUGGCGCCGUGUCUGGCAGACCUCCGUGAGAAACAACGAAGGAAAGCUCCGAAUAACUAGGUGAAAAACUGGCGAUUUGUAACCCAUCACAGAUACCUGAGCUAGAUCUCUUUUGCUGGUUUUGUGUUAGGGCUAGAUUUUAGAC